AUGCCAUUUGCCACAGAAGUGCUCAACGACCCCACAAUCCCAGCCUCACUCCGCCAACAAGCCUUGGACCGCAUCUUUACAGAUCCAGGCCUUCCCCCGUCAUUUACAACAUCAUCUUUCUGGCUCCAAAACCCCCAAAAGUUUGAGCCCAAAGAAAAGUCCCUCCCGGAGGAGGUAGAUAUUGUGAUCGUUGGAUCUGGCAUCACCGGCGCAUCCAUUACACGGACCCUACUUCAGAAUGGCGCGUCCUCGCCCUCGAUCCUGAUGCUCGAAGCACGCAGCAUUUGCAGCGGUGCAACAGGCCGAAAUGGCGGCCACAUUAUCGAAACCGCGGAUGAAUACGCCGAUCUCGCUGACACCCUUGGUGUUGAAGAUGCCAAGAAAUUAUUGAGAUUUAGACUUGCGCAUUUAAAAGAGAUGUUGGCCGUUGCCGAAGAACUGGGCAUUGCCGAAGAAGCCCAGGCACGCAAGGUGCAGUUUCUGAGCGUCUACUUUGGCGAGGGCCCGUGGAAAGAUGCUCUUGAGCGCCUGCGCCGGUUUAAGGAGGCUAUGCCCGAGGAGGCCACGGAGUGGACCUCGUUUGAAGGAGAUUCAAUUCCAAAGGAUUUCCUUCUCAACCGCGCACGCGGGAUCGUAGCAGGCCCCGCAGGCGCCCUAUGGCCCUACAAAUAUGUAACCGGCAUUCUGGCACAUCUCCUCGAGAAAUAUCCUGCGCAAUUCCGCAUCGAAGAGCACACCCCCGUGCUAGCCAUCUACGACGACACCGCCAGCCCAACCCCGACAUACAAAGUCGAGACCAACCGCGGCACUAUCAAGGCCCGCCACGUCAUCCACUGUACAAACGCGCACGUAAGCCACCUCGUCCCCGGUAUGCGUGGUCGCAUAAUUCCCGUGCGCGGGCAGAUGUCUGCGCAGACGCCCGGUGACCGCUUCCCGUGCCAAGCAGCGGCGCAUUCGUGGCUAUUCAACUACGACCGCGGCUUCGACUACCUGACGCAGCUGCCGAAGGGGCAGAUGAUGCUGGGCGGCGGGUUUGCGCAUGGCGAGCACGGCGGGCUGGCGGAGUUGGGUGUUGCCACGGACUCGGAGAUGAGUCUGUACAUCGACAUUCAUCUUUCCGGGGCUCUGUCUGCGGUUUUUGGGCGCGAGAACUGGGGCCGCGUGGACGGGGAGUCGGUACAGGCCAUGUGGUCUGGGAAUAUGGCUUUUAGUUCAGAUGGGCUUCCGUGGGUGGGGAGGUUGCCUGGGGCUGCGACUCGGCGGGCGGAGAAUGGUGAAUGGGUUUGUGCGGCUUUUGGUGGGGAGGGAAUGGUACAAGCUUGGCUUUGUGGGAGGGCGCUGGCGACUAUGUUGCUUGUUGGGGAUGGGAUGCUGGUGAAAGGUGGUGAUACGGAUCUUUCGUGGUUUCCGCACCAGUUGCUUUGUUCUCGGGAGAGGUUCGAUACUACAGAGUUGCUGAGAGACGUUGUCGAUGGGUCAAUCCCAUAG